AUGUCAGAACCCCUCAGCAUCGCCGCCAUCCUUGGCGGCAUGGCAGAAGCGCUUCCUACACAUUCCCCCGACGACGAGUCAUCGGAUCUCGCAUCCUCAUACGAAGUUAUCGCUCUACUCAUUCACUCCUAUCUCUCCGCUCUUGGCUUCAAGCUCCUGGGCUUUGACGAGGACAAAAAGCUAGGUCAGUUUACUCGAGUCUCCAAGCACUACCCAGCUCACACAAGGCGACCAAUAGCUGAAUGCGAGUCACUCGCUCCUCGUCUUCCAUCACAAUGGAACUCAGGCUUCAAAUCUUACAGCUUUGUAUAUUCGCACAAGCAAUCAGCCAUGACCUUUAGCAUUCGCGUGGAUCGCAUGGGUAAGAAGGUUGAGGUCCGGGGACUGGCCGUAGGAGACGACAAUAUUCGUCGUUUCGAACGGACGAUCAGCGAAGUAGUGGACACCAAGAAACUCCCUAUUCGCAUCACUAUCAAGGACAAGCAAGAAGACCGAAGUGAUCUUGUUGAAAAGCUGCGCGGAGUGUUCACAUCUGAACAAGCCAUAGCUGACAUUCUCCAUGAUCUCAAGACCAACAUUAUUCAGAAACUCAUUCCCAAGCUUCAGAGCGAAGGAUAUGUCGAGACUGCCGAGGCAGAGGACAACGCACGCUCUGAGCGCCGCGCUCAAGAAGCUCAGAACCCAAACCGACCGUUCCGUGGUGACCCUGUGCCUAACCCAAACAUGCCUCCGCCUCCAGCAAACCCACUUCCCGAGAUGGCCCGUCCCCGUCCCCACCCUGUGGGCGACUUCCCUCCUCCAGGUUUCGAAGACGAGUAUGAGAUGAACCGACCACCGCGAGGUGGUCUUCAGAUGCCCGGUAGGUCUCCUUACAACAUUGGACACGACGACCUGAACCCGUCUGGUCUUGGCCCUCACGAUCCUCUUCGUGGUUCGUUCGUUGGUGGAGGAUUGCCUCGUCCUGGUGGCUACUCCGGCAUGCAUCCUACCUUUGACGACCCAUUAUUCGGAGGACAAGGAGGUGAUGGGCAAGGAGGGUACGAUCCCCAAGCGCCGCCUGGCGCGCGAUGGGACCCCACUGGCCCUGGAGGCAAUCCUCGAUUCCCUGGUCCUGGCAGUGGACGAGGCAACAAUCCUUUUGGAGGAGGCUUCGGGGGAGGUUUCGGAGGUGGUGAUAUAAUUUAA